CUUCAAUAUGGCGGACACGGCGACACUAGACUACGAAGGAAAAAGUUCUUAGCUUUGAAAUCAGAAAAAAAUGCCACUAGUAGUCAUGUGUGGAUACCCUUGUUCAGGAAAAUCAAAGAGGGCUAAGGAAUUAAAAAAUCAUUUUGAAGUUUCCAGAGGAAAGACUGUUCAUUUGGCCGGCGACGAGAGUUUGAAUUUGGAAAGAAACGCAGUUUACUCAGGUAUAAUACUGUGAGUAACGUAUACCCGGAGAUGCUUCUGACACAAGUUAAUUUUUAGACUGGGUCCAAAGGUCAUGGAAUUGUAAUAAUUCUUAUACCCAUGAUCCACCUGGUGAUGGCUUCUCAGUUGCAAAGUCGGGUACUUUGCACGCUUUUACACUGCGAAUGGCCAUAAGUGUGAUUGCGGUAUUUUUUCUUUCCCCCAAGUAUCAGCAAAUGAAAAAGAGGCAAGAGGUCUUUUGAAGUCUGCAGUGGAAAGGUAGUUAGCUGAAUGAUGAACGAUUUUCACACUCACGCAAGGAUUUGCUAGUGUUUUUGGUUGCUUUUAUAGUCUUCCUUUAUCCUUUUUGUUAUGACUUUAAUUUUAAUGUUCUUGUUAUUUGCCAGGAUAAACAUGUGAAUUAGUACCUGAAAUGGGUCCCAUGGACCAUCCUUGUAAACCUACUACAUGAAACAAACAAGGGAGCACCCAUAAUUUGCAGCUGGUUUUCUGCCAAUGUAGUUUUCAGUUACAUUUGCUCAAUAAUAUAUACUAUUCCUUACUGGGAUAGUCUUCAACACUGUAGAGAGCUAGUAGAUCAAUUCAAAUAAUAGAGCCCGUGUGGUUAAAGAGAAACAAUCUGCCACUUAAAUAUGAUUUACCACUCAGUUACUCAAGAGUAAAUGAUUAUAUUGUCCAGGUUUGGGCAUCGAUAUUGAAAUGUUACUGAGAUUUUGAGACCUGGACCCUCUUUAGAUUUCAAAAAACAGACUAAAGCACCUUAAUUGUUUGAUGUAUUAAGACUGUUUAGGAGUAGCCUGGUUUAAAUUACAUACCCUGUUUACGACAGAGAAGUGGAAAAACAAACUCUGUUUAGCAACUAAUUAUAAGAGCUUAAGGAACCAGCAAAUUUUAGUUUUGUUUACCAAGUAUUGCACUUGAGCCCAUUGCAUAUGAUGUUCCAGUAUUAUUAUUCAUUUUAAUUUAUUUAUUUUUUCAAGGCUGAUUUCAAGAGAUGAUAUUGUCAUAUUAGAUUCACUUAACUAUAUAAAAGGUAAGAACAUGACGAUUGUGUUACUGAGUGGAUAAAUUAAAAGUAUUAUCUGUUUCUGUAGCACUUGCUUUAAUUUGCCAGUGCACAUGUCAAGGUUAGGGUAAGGGCUACAACACCUUUAACCACACCAGCAAAUUAAUCCAAGUCCAUUUUCUUAGAAGAGUUUUCUGUACCAUAAAGUCUAUCUCUUCUACAUCUCUGGUGCUUUAACUCUUCUCACCUCUAUAUAUGAGCAUUAGUGAGUAUAGGACUUUUUUUAGCGACUCACAUCAACUGGAAGUGGAGUUUUGGCAUUCUUGAGCAGUGGUGUUGCCGAAAUGUUUUGUAUAAAAUACACCAUUUAAUGAUCUAUAUAAGCAUAAAGACAUUUAGCAAUACAAAUUUGGUUGUUUCAAGGUAUACUAAGACGGAAAAGGCCUCACUAUCAGUUGACAUGCAUCACUAAAAAAAGUCUUGGCUUAAACUCCAUGUGACAAUUAUAGGGGGGUGGGGGAGCUGAUAUCUGUUUUUAAAAUAUGAAGAUUUCACUUAUGCCAGUUAUUUAGAUCAAUCUGACUACUGUAUGUGGAUGUUGGGGCUCAUCAUGAAGCUUUGUUAAAUUUUCAGGUUACAGAUAUGAGCUGUACUGUGUGGCAAAGGCACAUAAAACUACUCAUUGCAUUGUAAGUAUGCAAAUAUAUUAUUUGGUAGCAAAGAGAGAAUGAAAACAAAAAUAGUAUGAAGAAAAACAUUUUUUGCUUAAAAUUUAUGGUAUAUUAUACUCAAGACUCUCUGAUAAGAGGUAAAAAUGAUGAACAACUUUCUCAAAAUCUUGUUGAUGGACUGUCAUCCUGUAGUUUGCCGACUGUCAAACAAUUUUGCUCUAAUUAUUUUAUCACAGAAAUGGUCUAGUUAUCAAGAUAACAUGUUCACAUGCACAAAAAAGGCUCUUAAAAAAGGAGGUUUAUUUAUCAAAAGUAAUUAAAUUACUAUGUGUUCAUUUUUCUGUGCAAUUGUCCCGGGGGGGGGGGACUCCCAUAUAAAACAGACAGGGAUGCUCGUCGGAAAUUUUGAAUUUAACCCCUAAAGGAGACCAUCUGGGCGUGGCUCAAGCUUUUUGUGAUCCCUAAAGGAGACCAAUCUGGGCGUGGCUUAAGCAAAUUUUGACCCCUAAAAGAGACCGCUUAAAAACACACAACUACGACAUGCAAUGAGUUUUAAUGAUAUAAAGACAUAACAAACGAACCCUAAACGAGACCUUAGCGCCUUAAAAUAUUGGCGCUUUGCGCGGGACACCCUAAGCGAGACCAAAAUCCAAAAUUUACACCCCUAAGCGAGACGACGAGCAUCCCCGUCUGUUUCAUAUCGGAGUCCCCCCCCUCGGCAAUUGUUCAGAAAUAAAUCACAUACGUUACACAAAAUACAGUUAACUGUGGUUAGAUUUUUCCUAUUAAAUUUGGAUAGGUUCAUUGUGACACUUCAAAAGAAAAAUGUAGAGAGUGGAACAGUACAAGAGAAAAUGGAUAUGAUGAAGAAAUGUAAGCUGUGCUUCUUGUGUACAAUAAUAGAUUUGCCCAUGAAGGAUAACUUCUUAUUCAGCCCAUCUGCAGCUAAUGUUUCAAUUUUUAGUUUAGAUGCACUGGUGAUGAGGUUUGAAGCACCGGAAUCUAGAAACCGAUGGGACUCUCCACUAUUUGUUAUUCAGGUAAACAUUAUUGUAUGGAGCCAAGUGGUACAACAUUACCCUUAUGAUAAGCAGGCAGCAAAGAUAAAGGUUUGGGUAGAUUUGCACCUUUCCAUUACGAGGCUUAAUGCAGGUUCUUAAAAACCUAAGUCUUUUCAGGGCCAUCUUCCUUGGAGCAGUACAUGAUAUUAUGUUACAGGUCAAAAUUAAAAUCAGGUUUAAAUUUUUUAAGUUAUGUUGAUUCUCAGUUUCCUUUGUCUCCUAGCCCUAAUUAUGUAUGAAUUAGAGCUAGGAGACAAAGGACAUUGAGAAUCAAACUACAGUGGCACCUUGAUACAACAAACUUCUAAAUAACAACAUUCUCGGUACAAUGAACCAUAUUCUUUACACCAUUAAUAGUAAAUAUUAUUAUAUGAAAAAGAAUGUCGAUAUAAUGAUGCCUUGUUAUAGUGAACACAUUUUCCCAGUCCCUCGGUCCAUUCUUAUAUCAAGGUUUUACUGUAGGUUAAAGAAUUUUAUCCUGGUUUUAAUUUUUGCUUGUAACACAUACAUGUAUUUGUUGAAUGCCGUAUAGCAAACAAGUACACUGUUCUUGAAUUAAAUAAUUUUGAAUGCAUGUACAUGUAGAGUGUAUGGACAACAGCACCAUAUAGUAGAGAAGUGUGACGUCACAAAAGAUUGAACUUGUGAAAUUAUGGGACAAAGUCUGAUAUAUACUUGGAUCUUAAAAGAUAUGCUCCAAGUUAAUUUUAGAAGGAUUUGUGUGGAGUCAUCUGAGCAUAAUGUUGCUAAUUUCUUACCGUCAAUUUGCUCUAACAAGCUGAAUUUUGGCAAGUAGACAGUUCAUCUUGUUCUUUCUGAUUGUCCUGCCCAGUCAAAUAAUUUCUUCAAGUUAGUUUUUGUGACGUCAUGCACCACUCUACUCCAUAUAAAUUGUCUUUAAAAGAGUUGAAAACCAUGAUUACACCAUAAAUUUAGAAAUUUCCAGUACGGUACCAGCUUAUUUUAAGUUUGAUCUCCAGGUGGGUGAUGACCUGCCAUUGGAUUCUAUAUAUGAUGCUCUUAUAAACAGAAUACCACCUCCACCAAAUCAGGCCACCCAACCAGUAAGUAAACAUACUGUUGCAUGUAAUUAAAAUUACGUUUUAAACACAACACUUCUCAUAAUUAUAUAAUAUGCAAGACUGCAUGGAUGCCUUGAAAUGAAGAUGUUAUUGUACAGUCAUGUACAAAUUAAAUCUUCAUGUAGUAUUUUGUCAUGCACAACCCAUUGGCAUGCCUAACUCAACGUUUUAAAUCUUUUGUAUAAUAAGCACUAAUGUAUAAUAUUUUGUAGACCAUAUACCAGCGUUUACAAAGUACAUUCAAGUAAAUUAGCAUCAUUCUUAAGUGUGCCACCAUAUUUUUUACACAUAAGAUCGGAAAUGGUGUUAUUACUGGAAGAUAUCCCGUCCACUCAGGAUGUCAAAAGGUUCUAUGUUCAUUAUCAACAGCACAGUUUUUUUUUUUGAGCACUACUGACUAACUCGCAUGUAAAGACUGUACCAUUUAAAAAUUUUUUCUGUCAUUCUGUUCUUAUUUCUAGCAACCAUUAUCUGCUACAAACUUCUUAUAUGAGCUUGACAAAAUAACCCAAGAAAUAGUAACUGUAAGUAUAUGUACCUCUUGAUUAAACUGUUCAGCAUGUCUUUAGUUGAUGUGCAUGACAGAUGAAUAUGGAAAGAUGUUGUACGUUUUAUUUGACAAGCUUAUUAAGGUUCUUUUUAUAUACCCCCUGUAGUUCAAGUUACAGAAAAUUUAGCAAUGUUCCUAAAGAGACACCCAGGCCCAGAGAAAAAAUGUCUUAAGUUUCGACCAUGUGGUUCAGGCUGAACAAAUGAAUGAUUUAUAUUAGUUCAGCAACAAAAAUCAACAGAAUAUUGCAUGGAUGAAUAUAAUUAUCAAUGAUGAAUUUUUCUUUACUGGAACCGGGUAUGAAGGAAUAAAUGUAAAGAUGACCAGUGCAGGUACAGUUGCAACUUAUGCAUUUACUAAAAAAAGCCUGAAAAAAAUCAGGUUUGUCAGCCGGGAUUCGAACUCCUGAUUGGAACUGCGGGAUAAAAAAUAAAAUGAGAAGAAGAUCAUUGCAGUUGAAGAGGCAAUUUUGCUCCAUGAUUACUCGUUGUGCUCUGGCCUUAGAGGUACUUCUUGUAGUUUUUGUCAGUGUACAUUGUAGUUUUGGUACCAGACAGUCAAUUUGAAUAUCAUUCUUUCUUGCAGGCACUGUUAAACUCUCAGCAUACUUUUGUACCAGGCGAUCAGGUAACUGUUCCUGGAACAUCAGAAAAAAUAUCCUUUGAUUAUAAAAUGUGUGUGCAUACGACAGAUAGAGUUUACUAGGUUUGCAUUAUUUCCCAUGAGUUCGAGCUCCAGGGUCCUUCAAGAUACUGAACAGGGUGUGAGUAGUAUAGUUUUUUGGUGGCUUCUCUAGGGGUGUAGAGAAAGAAUGGGAAGUUCAUCAUUCAACGUUACUUCUCAAAAGGUUUUUUUAUUCUAUCUAAUUCCCCCUGCCCCCCCAAAAAGGGCAUCAUUCCAUUAUUCCAACUCGAGCAUUUCCGUUAUUUUCUAUUAUUCCUCUUCAGCUCACGAGGCUACGCUUCCGGAUUAGCAACUUCGUUCUGCAGUUUUACCUCUUCAACUACGAUCACGUUCAUAUUCUAAGUUUAUGUAGUAGGCCACUCAGUAGUGAAUUUAAACGAGAGACAAAUACACCGCACGAGGGAGGGAGAGAGGAGGGAGUUUCUGAAAUCGACUGGUAUGUGCAGACAGUAUAUAUGGACAUUUUUUUUACUUUACUUCACCACUGUGGGGUGUGAAGACAUGAUACAAAGCUGUUAAGGGAAAGUAGUUAAAACCCUUUCUUAGAUACUGCAGAGUGAAACAAAUGCCAGGACCAUCAGUCUUCCCUGCUACAAACAGAAAACCACACAGUGGAGGAGAGAGGAAGACGAAACCAAAUGUUUUUAAAAAUGGCAAAUACCCUGGGGUUGUUGGGUUUGCCAUUGUGUUGUCAUCUCCUCCCCUCCCCCUCCCCAUCCCCCUCCCCUUCCCCCACCGUAUUUUUGUGGUACUUUGUGAUGACUUGUCAGACGGUGCCGUUGUGCUUCCUUGACCAUUUAUCCUCCACGUUCUUUUGAACAGAACAGUGAAUAUGUCGGAGUUAAGAAGAAUUCGUCGACAGUUUAUUACUUACACCAAAAUGCACCCUGUAGAAGAUACAAAGAAAAUUGCGAAUAUGUUUGUUCAGUACUUGAACAGUAG